CCUUUGGAUUCAGCCACUGAGGACGCCACGGGCCAUACCAAGAAAUCCUCCGCCACAGAGCAAGACUUGACGUUGUUGAGCUUCGUUGACGUGAGUUUGUUACUUUGCUUACGAUUGCUUGCCGCUAAUGUGAUUGCUAUAGGAACGUGAAAUCGCUCAACUGCGGAAGACUCUAGAAGAAGAACGACUUGCGCGUAGACGGCGACAGUCGAUAUCAACCAAAGUUCAAAAUGCAGACGAGACCGCAAACUCUACCCGUCAAAGUGUAUCAAAAUCAGCUGCGCCUCGCAAGUCCUCGAUGAAGGAGAGUAAAGCCCCGAUAACAAGACCCGCCUCGGCAAUGGGUGAUCUGACAGCCACAUCGAAAGUCAGCAUGGCUGAGGCAGACAGUAAUCUUUCCGUGCCCAUUGAACGCCCAAGACGGCAUUCGGAUCACUCCAUCAUCUCCACUACUCAGCGGAGACGUCGCCCUGUUACUGACGACAUGACUUCUGCUUUCAUCCUGCCAGAUAUCACUAUCCAUCACGCUGAUUUGGCAGCUGAGGACCCAAGUCGAUUGCCCCAGGCUGCACAAAGGGCCUUGGACAGUGCUACACAGCAUGAUGGCAAGAACUGCACGGUUUGCAAGCGCUGCAUUCCUGGUGACUCGCAAUGCGACCAUACUCAUGGGACUGUAAAGAUCCCGAAACCUGUACCCGUUUCGGAGCGCAUGCCUGAGCCUUCUGUCUACAAUGAGGAGCCUACGUUGCGCCCUGCUCAAUCUCCGGGUGUUGCCCUCGCGACGGUGCUCAAGGCAUUGGAGGACGAACUGUCGCAUCUGAAAAUGCAGCUUGUAACCUAUCAAGGGGCGUAUAACAAGCUGGAUGCCUCGUUGAGCAAACGCCAGAGGAAAUCGUUGGCCGCCAAGAUUGAAAAGCUUCUUAAGGACAUCGACUUCAAAGCUGAUCAAAUCUAUGCACUCUACGAUGUUCUUGAAGGCCAAAAACAGAACGGACACGAGAUGACUGAGCAAGAGAUGGAGGUCACGCUUCAAUCCAUUGGGAUCGACACCGCCGCCACCACAAGGGCUGCGGAUGUGACCGCUACGACAGAUAAAUCUUCCCACAGAAAUAAUGAUACUGACUUGGAAGAUGAUGAGGAACUACCAUGGGAGGGCAUUGAGAGCACAAUGGAAGUUACAGGCAGAAUUGGAAACUAGCUUCACUCCAGGCCCGCUGAAUCUCUUCUCUCAUUCCUUGCAUAUUCUCUUUCCAUUCCCUAUUGAUCUACCUUUCCGUUCGACUCCUUUCAUGCUCUCUCGCAUGGAUCUCGGUUCAGGUUUCCGACUGACCUCUUGGAGGUGUAUGUCCCUGAUCCUUGAGAACUAUGCGUUGGGCUGGGACACCGUUUCUGUGUUCCCUGACAGACAGGUACGGUCCGCUGAUAGACUCGGCGCCUGACUAUCCUUGAAG